AUGGGUCACGAACGUGAUGGCAGAUCAUUGGCCGGAGAUGCUGAUCGUGAGGAACUUGGUCGUCUGGGGAAGAAGCAAGUGCUAAGGCGAGGUUUCCGGUUUCUCUCCAUUCUAGGCUUCAGUUGCGCCGUCCUCAUCACCUGGGAGGCCUCGUUGAUUCUGUUCCUUACAGGACUCCGAAAUGGCGGCCACGCAGGUAUCAUAUAUGGCUACAUAGUAAUAUGGGCCGGCAACUUGGCUGUUUUCACCACCCUCUCUGAACUUGUCUCUAUGGCUCCCAUCUCCGCUGGCCAAUACCACUGGGUUGCCAUGCUGGCUCCAAAGUCAUCCAGCAAAUUCCUCAGCUACAUUACCGGCUGGCUGACCGUGGCUGGAUGGCAGGCUGGUUUUGCCUCGGCUUGUUUUCUGACCGGCUCCAUGAUACAGGGACUUGUCAUCUUUACAAACCCGUCCUAUUCUCCCAGCUCAUGGCAUACAACGUUCUUCCUCUGGGCAGUGGCGUUGUACUGUGUCUUCAUCAAUGUUGUGACUAGCAAAUUACUGCCUGCUUUUGAAAAGCUAGCAUUAGCUCUCCAUCUUGUCGGUUUCCUGGCCGUUUUGAUACCCUUGGUCAAGUUUGGAGUAAAGAAUGACGCAAGCUUGGUAUUCAAGAAUUUCAUCAACGGCGGAAACUGGUCGAGCCAGGGAGUCUCGUUCUUGGUCGGGUUGACUGGAAAUGCAUUUGCUUUCUUGGGCCUUGAUGGAGCAUAUCAUAUGUCCGAAGAGAUUCAAAACCCAUCCAUCACAGUCCCACGCUCUAUCAUUCUCACUCUAUUCAUAAACGGAAGCUUGGGAUUCUCCAUGCUUAUUGCAACCCUGUUUAGCAUAGUUGACUUGCCCGCUGCUCAGAAUUCGCAGACCGGUUUCCCUUUCCUGGAGAUUUUUCUGCAAGCUACGGGCUCAAUUGCCGGCUCCGCAACGAUGGCUUCAGUCAUCGUUACGUUAACCCUAUUCGCAAACUGCAACUACCUUGCUUCCACGUCCAGGAUGACCUGGUCGUUUGCAAGAGAUCGAGGUCUGCCAGGGUGGAAGACAUUGGCGAAGGUCGAGCGACGCACCCAAGUUCCUCUAAUAUCCAUUCUCGUCACAGCUGCCAUAACCAUACUUCUCUCUCUCAUAGUUAUCGGCUCAACCACGGCUUUCAACAUUAUUGUCUCCUACUUAUUAGCCACUGCCAUGCUCCUUUAUCAUCGUUGCAAAGGGAAUGUCUCGUACCCUUCCAGUGACAAUAUAACUGGCCCAACCCUUGCCAACACGACAGGAGCCCGUCUUGUCUGGGGCCCAUGGCAUGUCCGUGGAGCCGUCGGGAUUGCCACGAACGUCUUUGGAUGCAUAUACCUAACGGUAAUCUUGAUAUUCAGUUUCUUCCCCGCUGAUGCAAUUCCAACGGCAGGAAGUAUGAAUUAUAGCGUUGUUAUUUGGGCGUUUGUGAUUGUCUUUAGCAUUGUAUAUUACCUUACAUACGCGCGGAGAGUGUACGAUGGCCCGGUUGUGGAGGUUGAUACAACGACAUUGCCGGAGCCCAUGGUUAAGCAGUAA